CAGCUUCAGCCUUGCCGAAUAAACCUACAGCAUUGGCAGUUUUCAUUCCAAACCCCCAAAAAGCUCCUUCUUCUUCAAAAAUGGCAGCCGCUGCAACAGCCUUCUCAGCUUCUUCAGCCUCCUUCAAGCUUUCCUCCCAAAACCCUACUCUACCAGCUUUUUCCUCCUCCAUUAACGUCUCCUUCUCGACUUCCAAUUCCCCGAUCCAAUCCGCGAAAUCUCUCAAACUCAACCGCAAUCCUAAAUUCCCACGCGCCGCCACCCCCUCCGCCGCUUCCGCCGCAUCGGACAGUGCAAUCACCACAUUCCACGGUCAAUGCUAUGUCGUCGGAGACAACAUCGACACCGACCAAAUCAUCCCUGCCGAGUAUCUCACGCUCGUCCCCUCCAAACCCGACGAGUACGAGAAGCUCGGUUCCUACGCCCUAGUCGGCUUGCCGUCCACAUACGAAACACGAUUCGUCGAUACCGGCGCCACCAAAACCAAGUACUCCAUAGUGAUCGGCGGCGACAACUUCGGCUGCGGUUCGUCUCGCGAGCACGCUCCCGUAGCUUUGGGCGCUGCCGGCGUGGCGGCAGUGGUGGCGGAGUCGUACGCCAGGAUUUUCUUCAGGAAUUCCGUCGCGACUGGAGAACUGUACCCGCUGGAAUCGGAAGGGAGGUUGUGCGAGGAGUGUAGAACUGGCGAUGUCGUCACUAUUGAGCUGAGUGAGAGCGUCUGUAAGCUGAUCAAUCACACUACCGGAAAAGAGCAUAAGUUGAAGCCGAUCGGAGACGCCGGCCCCGUCAUUGAAGCCGGUGGGAUAUUUGCCUAUGCCAGAAAGACUGGGAUGAUACCUUCUCGGGAUGCCUAGAAAUUGGUCACAUCUUGCUGUUUCCGACUGUUUGGUGCCAUCUACAAUAGAAAUCUUUAGAUUCCUAAGUUUGAUUAUUUAUAAUAAAGGGUUUGUUAAGAACUUACAUGCUGGUUGUAUGUUCCUUCAGUGAGUGUGACUGUAUUGUUAUCAUACAUUUCUGUAAUGACAAUUUCCUUGCAAGACCAAAUCUCUUUAUAUAGCGCCCGCUCGGUGCUCUUAUAUCA